AAUGCAGUUAAACAUUAAUGCAAAUACUAGUGGAACUUUAUAAUUCACCAACGUACCCCAACCAACAACUUACUCAUAUAAAGAAUCAUCUAAUUUGUUACAUUACGUUCCUUUUACGAUCACUGGUGGUUCCACACGUUGUCGCGGAGUGCAGUGUAGUGUAUUUUUUUAACUUGUCACUGCAGAAAAACUGUAAAGAUGUCGAUGUAUCCUCCGAUAAGUUUGAGAGCUGACAAGAUGGCAACAAUUAAACAGUCUGUUCAUCGUGUUACUUCAAUCCUUUCAGUUGGUGUUUUCUUUACAUCAUGAUGAGGAGAAACAACUGUUAUUAACUGAGAGACAACUGCAAUUAUUCUUUGCAGUAUGAAUAUGAAUAGAAAGACGCCUAAAAAGUCCAGGAUUGAGCCCAAAAUGCCUGGAUGUAAAAUGGAAUCCACAUUACAUUACACAACCUAAUUAGUAUAAAGCUAAUGCAUUUAAUACAAUAUUCUGAUAUACAAACUAACUUGCUAUUGUGCAGAUAUUGUUGAAUUCAAAAAGGAAAAUAUGAGCGAUUAUUCUGAGAUCGAUUUUUGACCUGCCGUUACACGUUCAUCUUCUAUUGCUUGUGUCUGAUACCUUCAGUGCCCAGUGAUGGCCGAAGCAAAGCGGGAGUUAAACGCUGAUGGGGAGCAAGAAGAAACUCAUUUUUAUAAAGAACGGAUCAGAUAUACGCCAGAGGAGGAAGAGAGACUUGAAAGGCAGCACUUUUGGAAAGUUAUAGAUGCCUUUAGAUACUAUAGGAUUCAUGUUCAUGAGAGGGUGAACCGUGCAGAGCGGCAGUUUCGUUUCCUUCCAGAUCGUCAACAGAGGCUGCUCCCAAAUUUCAUCCCUCACCUCAGAAAGAUCCGCAGAUGUAUCGAUAUCAACCAGGAGGUGUUGCAGGCCAUUGUGCUCAACUGUGUUCACAUGUUUGAAAAUAUGGACUAUGCAGAAGAUGAUGAACUGAGAAAGGUACGUCCAUCUUCUACAUUUGAUAUGGACAAACUGAAGUCAACUAUCAAACAGUUUGUGCGGGACUGGAGUGAAGCUGGGAAAGCUGAAAGGGAAGCCUGCUAUCAGCCGCUGAUCCAUGAGAUACUGAGGAUCUUCCCAAGAGAUCAAUGUGACAUCUCAAAGGUGAGUGUUCUUGUGCCCGGUGCAGGCCUUGGAAGACUAGCCUGGGAGAUAGCCAAGCUAGGCUAUGCCUGUCAGGGAAAUGAGUGGAGCUUCUUUAUGCUUUUCUCUUCCCAUUUUGUUCUUAACAGGUGUUGUGAGGUGAAUGCAAUGACUUUAUAUCCAUGGAUCCACCAGUUCAGUAAUAACAAGAAGUCCUCCGAUCAGACUCGCGCAAUUAAAUUUCCUGAUGUCAAUCCACAGAGCCUGCCGCCUAAUUCAGAUUUUUCUAUGGCAGCAGGAGAUUUCCUGGAGGUUUACACAGAACCUAAUACCUGGGAUUGUGUAGCAACCUGUUUCUUUAUAGAUACAGCACAUAACAUAAUUGAUUACAUUGAGACAAUCUGGAAUAUACUCAAACCAGGUGGAGCAUGGAUUAAUUUGGGCCCACUGUUGUACCACUUCGAAAACAUGGCAAAUGAACUUUCAAUUGAACUCAGCUAUGAAGAUGUUAAGUCUGUUAUUUUAAAGUAUGGAUUCCAGUUUGAGGUGGAGAGAGAAUCAGUCCCAACCACAUACACAGAGAACAGCCAUUCCAUGUUGAAAUACCUCUAUGACUGUGUGUUUUUUGUUGCACGAAAACCAGCUGAGCAGUUGGUCUCUAAUGGGUUCCCUGCUGGAAAUGGGAAUGAAGUGGAGACAAAUACACAAAAGGAACAAGCUGACAGGAAGUCAUGACAGCAGUGAAAAGUCUUCCCAAAAGAAGAAUUAUUAACUUGGGAUUUAUUUUUCUCAUCUUUGCAACUUAGCAUUUACCAUAAACAUUUACAAAGAUGUCUACAAAGGGUCAGCCUGAACUGAUGAAGUGACCAGUUAUUUUUGCUCUUAUGUAAAGGUAUAGAAAUUUUGGUGCCUUUUUUAUCUCCAAUAAAAAACAGUACAUUUUUUUCUCCUGUUCACUUACCAAAUUGCAUGUAUUUUUAGAACGUAACUGUUUGUGCUAUUGUGUAUAUUUAUUUUGUAAAGUUCAAAGCAGUUAUUUCAUUUUAAUUUGGCAUGGGUCAGUCAGCCUGCUUGUUUUAAGCAGUUUCUUUGGGUUUAAGAAUUAAUUUUCAAUAAAGAAUUAUAUUUUUGAACAGUU